AUGGAAAUCAACAGUCUCGUGAAUCGCCUGUCUCAUCUCUGCAUCAAGAACCCACACAUCCUCAACGUCCACCCAUUCCUCGGGCAAUGCAUCCCCCAUCCUUUCACCUCCAUGGCGAACGACGUGCUCUCUGCAGGACGCAACAUCAUUCAGAAGAUCCGCGACAACAUAACCUUCAUCAUGGCUUCUGAGUGGCGCGUGGAUAUGUUCUUCGAUCUCAAAGUCCAGCUCCAGGUCCCCGGGGAUGCAGGUUUGCUCUUUGAGAAACCGAGCCAGUGGAGCACGACGUAUGAGAUGCUGCAAUCCGCUUGGGAUACGAAAGAAGUCUUCUCCUGCUUGGACACUCUUAUUCCUGAAUACGGAGAAGCCGAUGCUCCAACCACGGAAGAUUGGAAUCGAGUUGAAAUCAUCUGCAGCCACUUGAAGUCCCUCGUCGACGCAACGAACUCGCUCGCCUCCUCCCCCCCUUGCCCUGCUGCCACAUUGUUACUGAAUGCCAUGUGUGUCCGCUUGCAGAUUGCUCAAUUUGCAGACAGCGGCGAUCAGUUCGUCCGCAGCUUCAUCGACCCGAUGCAGGGGAAGAUGGAGGAGUACUGGAAGCAAUGUGGUGUGGCUCUCGCGAUUGCUGUAGUCAUGGAUCCUCGCUACAAAAUGAAGCUCGUGGAGUUCAGCUUCCCCAAAAUCUUUGGAGACGAGUCGUCUUCUGUCUACGUGAAGAUGGUCGAUGAUGGGGUUCAUGAGCUCUUUGCUGAGUACCUUUCGAUUUCUCCACCACCUCCAUCCACAUCUAAUUACGGCUGCAGUCAGGGAGGGAGUGUUUCGGAGCACGGGCUGGCGGAUUUUGAUGUUGAAAGUGGCUUUGGAGAAAAGAUGGAAAUCCCCGAAGAGAAGUAUGAGCUGACACCCGUGGAGAAGAAUGUUAAGCCAGCAAGGCGAAGGAAGACAAAGUCCCGUGUCUGGAAUUACUUCACAGUCGAGAGCGUCAGCUCGGAGUGCAAAAGGGCGUUCUGCAACACCUGCAGGAGGAGCUUUGCUUACAGCACGGUACAAGAGAAUGGCAGCACGAAAGUAGCCGGUACUAGCCACCUCAAGCGCCAUCUCGAGAAGGGAACCUGUGGAGCCACAACAGGGCUCGAUAACAAUAACGAAGGCGAUGGUGAUCAGACUACUCCUUUUACUCCUUCAACCAGGACUCGUCGGACCAAAGCCAAUAGUGCGUCUGGUGCAAGUACAGGGGUCAGCGAGUCGAGAAAGCGCCGCUACAGAUCUCCUGCCUACACGGCGGUGUUCAAUCCUGAUAUCUGCCGCCAUGACAUUGCUCGAAUGAUCAUCAUGCACGAUUACCCUCUUGACAUGGUCGAGCAUCCUGGGUUUCAAAGUUUCGUCCAGAGUCUUCAGCCACAGUUUGGUGCAGUCAGCUUCAAGACCAUCCAUGGAGAAUGCGUCGCAUCUUACUUGAGUGAGAAGCAAAAGGUGACGAGGUUGAUUGAUGCGAUGCCAGGGCGAGUCUGCCUUUCUCUUGACAUGUACAUGUCGAGAAACAGCGUGGGUUACGUGUUCAUAACGGGCCACUUCACCGACAGCAAUUGGAAGACCCAAAAGUUGAUUCUCAAUGUUGUCCUCGAACCAUAUCCUGAUUCGCAUAAUGCCCUCAGCCAUGCCGUUGCUUGUUGUCUCUCCGACUGGAGGUUAGAAAGCAGGCUCUUUUCCCUCACAUUGAACCAUCCAGUGCCUGAAGCAGGGCUGGAGAAUCUCCGGUCUCAUCUAUGCGUCAAGAAUCCACUCAUACUCAACGGUCAGCUCUUGCUCGGGCAAUGCAUCUCACAGACUUUCACCGCCAUGGUCAAUGACAUGCUGUCUGCGGGACGUGACAUCAUUAAGAAGAUCCGUGACAACAUGAAGUACGUCACCACUUCGCAGAACCACGUGGACAUUUUCGUUGAUCUCAAGCGGCAGCUUCAGGUCCCCGGCGAGGUACGUUUGUUCCUUGACGACCAGAGUCAGUGGAACACGACUUAUCAAAUGCUAGUGUCUGCUUCAGAUCUAAAAGAAGUCUUCUCUUGCUUGGACAAUGUUAUUCCUGAAUACAAACUAGCUCCGAACAUGGAAGAUUGGAAGCAGGUUGAAAGCAUCUGCACGUACUUGAAGUCUCUCUCCGAUGCAAUGAACUUGCUCGUCUCUUCCCCUUGCCCUCCUGCAAUCACACUGUUCCAGGAGGCGUUUAGCAUCCACGCUAAGAUUGCUUGUGCAGCAACCAGUGGCGACCCGUUCGUCUGCAGCUUCAUCAAACCGAUGCAGGACAAGAUAGAGAAGUACUGGAAGGAAUGUGGGUUAGUUCUCGCGAUUUCUGUAGUCAUGGAUCCACGCUUCAAAAUGAAGCUCGUGGAAUUCAGCUUCUCCAAACUCUUCGGAGAGGAGUCUCCUCUCUACGUUAAGAUGGUGGAUGAUGGGCUCCACGAGCUCUUCGACGAAUACCUAACGCUUCCUCUACCACCAUCGCCAGCUUACAGUGUCGAUCAUGGGAAUGUUGAUCGAGCGGACGAGCAAAACCAGGGAGGCAAUCUUUCUGAAUACGGGCUGGCAGAUUUUGAUAUGUACAUCAUGGAGACGACAAGCCAUCAGUUGAAGUCGGAGAUGGACCAGUAUCUGGACGAGAACCUCGAGGGGCGGAGCUCCAAUUUCGACCUGCUGGAAUGGUGGAAACAGAAAAGGUCGAAGUACCCGACGCUGUCGAAGAUGGCGAGGGAUAUCUUGAGCAUACCUGUGUCAACUGCCUCGCCCGAAUUGGUGUACAGUACCAGGCCAAGGGAGCUGAGCCCGCAUGCAAGGUCAGAGACUUUGGAGGCGCUUGUGUGUACUAAGGAUUGGUUGCAGCAUGGGUUGCCGGAAGAUUUCGCAGGAUUAGACAGCUUGGUGGUGUCGGAUCUUUCGAAUCCUGCCUUGAAAAUGGAGUUCUAGGACUAGGAUACUUCUCUAUGGUUGUCGCAUCAAAUUUUCACAGACCUUGGUAUUGGGGUAGGGUGGUAUUUAUUUGCUUUCUUUUGGCAUUUUCUUCUAGGUAUUUUAGUAGGAAAUUCAUAGUCAUUAGCUCAUGAUCGGUUAGGCUAACUGUUUCUCAUUUCGAUUUACUAUUAUUGUACCAUUGGGAUGGAAUUGAAGAAGGAAGUUGAUGGAUUUGCUUGGACAUGGUACCUAAUUAUGGCUUCUGUU